GCGGGCGCGCAGGGGGCCCGAGGCGGCGGUGCGGCCGCGGCCAUGUCCCGCCGGGGGCCCGCGCAGGUGUCGGGCAGCCUCCGGCAGAAGGCGGUGCCGGGCACGGCCCCGUCGGAGCUGCAGGAGCUGCAGAGCCGCACGGAGCGCGCCGAGCGGCGGCUGCUGGCCUGCGAGAACCUGGUCGGGGAGCUGGGCAGCGGCCUGGCCGCCCUGGGCACCGUCCUGCAGGGCUAUGGGCAGCUGCAGCAGCGCCUGCUCAACCUGGAGAACCUCCUCAAGAACAGGAACUUCUGGAUCCUGCGCCUGCCCCCCAGCUCCAGGGGGGAGAUCCCCAAGGUGCCGCUCACCUUCGAUGAUAUCUCGGUGUAUUUCAAUGAGCUGGAGUGGGAGAGGCUGGAGCGCUGGCAGAAGGAUCUGUACAGGGCCGUGAUGAGGGGCAACUACGAGACCUUGGUGUCCCUGGACUACGCCGUGUCCAAGCCCGACAUCCUGUCCUGGAUAGAGAGGGAUGAAGAGCUCAGUGACAAAGAGGGUCAGGAGCCCCCAUGGACACAGUCUGGGGAUGGUCAGGAGCCCCCCUGGGCAGCAGAAGAGAUGGACAAGGCAGAUGAGGCUCCAGGAGAUGAAAUCCCCAUGGAAGCUGGCCCAGGUGGGUGCCAGGAGGAGGUGGCUGUUCCUGGAGAUCUCGCCUUUGUUAGGAAGGAAGUGCUCACUCCAUGGAUUAAAGCACCCAGGAACACCGUGAAUCUUCAUUCCAAGAGGAAUGGUUGUGCUUGGUCGGAUGAAUCCCACAGAGAAAAGCAGUCAAAGCCUUCAGGAGGGUCUGGAGCAGUGGGAAAGGCCUCCUGUAAGACUGGGGCUUCCAGAGACAUUCCUGCCUGCUGUGGAGGGACAGGAAACGUGCUGGAAAAUGGUGCCAAGUCCAAGCCCAACGGCCGGACCUGCAUCAAGAGGGAUAAAGAGCCCAGCAACAAAAAGGGUCUGGAACCCUCAUGGACACAGAACGGGAACAGCCAGAAAGCCCCACAGAUACAGACUGGGAAUAGUCAGGAACCCACAGAGACACAGAUUGGGAACAGCCCAAAAUCCCCACGGACACGGAGUGGGAACAGCCAGAAAACUUCACAGACACAGACUGGGGACAGCCAGAACCCCCCACAGACACAGAUUAGGGACAGCCCAAAAUCCUCAUGGACACGGAGUGGGAACAGCCAGAAAACCCCACAGACACAGACUGGGGACAGCCAGAACACCCCACAGACGCAGAUUAGGGACAGCCCAAAGUCUUCAUGGACACGGAGUGGGAACAGUCAAAAAACCCUACAGACACAGACUGAGGACAGCCAGAAUACCUCAUGGACACGGAGUGGGAACAGCCAGAAAACCCUACAGACACAGACUGAGGACAGCCAGAAUACCCCAUGGACAUGGAGUGGGAACAGCCAGAACUCCCCGCAGACACAGACUGGGGACAGCCCAAAGUCCUCAUGGACACGGAGUGGGAACAGCCAGAAAACCCUACAGACACAGACUGAGGACAGCCAGGAUACCCCCUGGACACGGAGUGGCAACAGCCCAAAGUCCCCAAGGACACAGACUGGGAACAGCCCAAAGUCCCCAAGGACACAGAGUGGGAACAGUCCGAAGUCCCCACGGACACAGAGUGGGAGCAGCCCAAAACUGCGGACACAGAUUGGGAACAGCCUGAAGUCUCCACAGGCACACACUGAGGACAGCCAGACACUGCCUCAGACACAGAUUGGGGACAGUCAGAAUCCCCUCCAGACAGGUGUCCCCAACAAUCAGAAGCCCCUACGGAAACCAGAAGAGAUAAAGCAGCAGGAAGAGGCUCUGGGAGAGGAUCCCAUGCCCACGGAAGCUGGCCCAGAAUUCCCCAUCCUGAUGGUGAACGUGAUGACCCUGGGGGACCAUCAGCCAGGGAUGGUGGCAGAGGAGGACCCAGAGAUGGAGGAUGACCCUGCAGAGUCUGACACUGAGGAAGCCUCACCCAUGGAAGAUGAAACACUGUGCGAAGGGGCUUCUCCCGAGGACAUCAAGGUGAAGGAAGAGGAGCCUGAGCUGCUGGCAGAGGAAUCCACACCCUCUCCCAGCUCAGAGAUCCAGAAAUGUCCCAAAAACGAGCUGGUGAAAGCCAAGAGCAAGAAGAAGCCGAGCCGGUGCGAGACCAGCAGCCUCCUGAUGGGGAACUGCCGGCGCGGGUACGUGCGGGAAUGGUGCCACCCCUGCACCGAGUGCGGCAAGCGCUUCCGCCUCAAGAUCAACCUCAUCAUCCACCAGCGCAGCCACGCCAAGGAGGGGCCCUACGAGUGCCCCGUCUGCGAGAUCGGCUUCAGCACCAAGCGGCACCUGGAGCUGCACCGCAGCAUCCACGUCAAGGACAGAGCCUUCGGAGCCAAGGUCUGGGGCAACGUGCACCCCGAGCUGCGCAUCCGCCCGCGCAGGGAGCCGUGCGGCGGCACCCAAGGGCUGGCCAGUGCUGGCCACGCUGGGGGAGCCUGCCUGGGCCAGCCCAAGGAGGAGCCAGACAGAGAGGGCUUGUCCAGCUCCGGGUUUGUGCGGCCGCCCAAUUCCAGGCUGAAGUGCCCCUACUGCAAGAAGUUCCUGUCCUGCUCCGUGUCGCUGCGGCGGCACCUCCAGACCCACGCGCGGGAGCGGCCCUACUGCUGCAGCUCCUGCAACAAGUGCUUCACCCGCAGCAAUCACCUGCUGCGCCACAAGAAGAUCCACGAGCGAGCUCUGGCUGCGCUGCAGUGCCAGGCCAGAGCCCAGCCCCCUGCUGCUGUCCCGGCAUCCCUGCAGCACAGGGCUCCUGAGGCUGACAGGAGCCUUUCCCAAGGGAACAGCAGCCCUCAGGCUGCCAAACCGAGCCUGCCCAACGUGCUGCUGCUGGGAGCCACACCACUGGGCGAAGGCUCCUCGCUCCCUGACUGCAUCAGGAAAGCUGUGCAGCCUGUGGUCCAGCUGGGAUCGAGGGCAGUGGCUUCAGAGAUGACCCUGGGACAGCUCUGAGCUGUGCAUGUCCCUGGAGAGAAGCUGCGAGUUUGUUGGGUUUGCACCUGGUGGGACACCGGGACUGGGAAUCUGCUGCGUUUUAGGAGCUUCCUGGAUGGUAGAAAGAAUGGGAAGCUUGGAGACCACAACAGAGAACAAACUGCAGAAGCCUCCAGUGAUCCAUAAUGCUUCACCAUUCCACUGACUUGUUCCUGUUGGCUGAUGUUUGGCUUUUCCUAAGCUGACAUUCCUGGGAGAUGACCAGGUGAGUCCUGGUCAAACAGGAGCAGAGCUUUCGCAUUCCUUGAUGUUGGAGCAUUCGGGAACACAAGAGUGCAGGGAGAAGGGAAAGGAGCUGGCAGCAUUCCCAAGCAGCCCUUUGCUCCAUGAACCAAGCUUCCUGAGACACCAGAUGAAAAGUAACAUCUCUGAGGCCCCACCACGUCAUGGCCACCCUUGCCACCCCCACCCUGGGGAGAUCAGCCAACACCCCCUCCAGCAGUCUGGGAACACUGAAGCUUUGCACUGGAAAACCAAACCCCAAUAUUCUAUGCUGGCAUAUUCCAGAGAGGCUACAGGCACCCUUGGGGCCAUCCGGCAUGGGUGCAGAGUGAUUUUAGGAAUACUUGACAGCCAGCUCCACGCUGCAGCAGCACCCCUGAUCCUCAUGGAUCAGCCUGCACAGAGCAGCCCCUCAGCUCUGGAGGAAACUCCCAAGCUCCCAACUGCAGCUCAUCUCCUUUUGCCCAAAACCCCACCAUAAUGAAUCCUAUGGGAAGACAGUUCUGCAGCUACCUCAGUCGGGGAGAGGGGGACCUGCCCGGAGGCAGCCAGUGUCCCCAGAGCCACCAGAGCAGUGUCCUGGCCAGAGCCCCACGUGCUGGGUGUGCACAGGGAGCUCGUCCCACCUGGAGCCAUCGCCACACCGACCCAAUGGAGCAGCUGCUGGGACUCUUGCAUUUAGUUCUGCAAGUUUUUUUUGUUUUCUUUGAGUUGUUUGAUGUAAUUAUUUGAUAUCCUGAGGUCUUUGUCCCACUCUGAGCAGUGAACACUGGUAGGCUUUUCCCAUCUUUCAUUGUGAGUCACUCCUGAGGUGUGAUGGUGCUGCUAUGGGAAGCUUUGGGAGCUGAGGGAACACCUGUGCUACAUCCAGGUGUGAUCCUCAGCCACCUCCUGCUCCAUGGGACGGACAGCAGUGUCCAGGCUGCUCCCUGGGAACACACAUGAUAUCCCACUGCUCCUCUGGCUGGUGUCUCACAAUUCCUGCCCCUGGGAUUGCAGUGUGGAGCACUCCCAGACAUCAGCAGGAGCUGGGAGGGGGUGCCAGUGGCAGACAGGGGGGCGGUUGAUGCCUUGUGGACAUCCCUGCCCAGAUCCAAGAGAUCCAAGUGCUCCCCACGUGAUCCCAGGGGCCUGGCUGAGCUGCUGUUGCCAGUGGGUGAAUCCCCCCAGGCCAGCAGAAGGGCAGCAGCCCCAGCCUGGCAUCUGCUGUGACUGGGAGCAGCAAUUUCUAUGACAUUCCCAAUCCCUUUCUCAGGCUGUGGAAUCAAUAAAGUAUUUGUCUCUA